UUCCACAGCAGAGGUUUUCAUUCUCUGAAACCGGGAAUUUGUCUCACACACUUCUGUUCUUGACUACAUUAACUUCUUCUGGAGGGGGUCCCUGCUGCACAGUCUGUUUGUAAGCAGCUUGAAGACAAACCUGCUGAUAUUUUCAAAAGACCUAAUAAGGUUAUCCCUCAUUAACAUUUCACCAUGUGGGUAACAAACUUGGUGUCCCUGGUUCUUCUGGCCACAGCAGCCUCAGCUGCCACCUCUGCAUCAGCAGACAAAGUACUGAGUAACCACGCCACCAUCCUGGCUGACAACAGUGUGAACUUAGCAUUCAGUCUCUACCAAAACAUGGCGAAGGAGAAAGAUGUUGAGAACAUCCUCAUUUCUCCUGUAGUAGUGGCCUCCUCUCUGGGUCUGGUGGCUCUUGGGGGGAAGGCCUCCACUGCUUCUCAGGUAAAGACCAUUCUGAAUGCAGCUAAAGUUAAAGAUGAGCAGCUGCACUCCGGCCUAGCUGAACUCCUGACCGAGGUGAGCGACCCAAAGACCCGCAACGUCACCUGGAAGAUUAGCAACCGCCUGUAUGGACCCAGCUCUGUCAAUUUUGUGGAUGAUUUUGUGAAGAGCAGCAAAAAACACUAUAAAUGUGACCACUCGAAGAUAAACUUCAGGGAUAAGAAGAGUGCUGUAAACUCCAUCAACGAGUGGGCGGCCAAGUCCACUGAUGGCAAACUGCCUGAGGUCACCAAGGAUGUGGAAAAGACUGAUGGGGCAAUGAUUGUCAAUGCUAUGUUUUUCAAACCUCACUGGAAUGAGCAGUUCCAUCAUAAGAUGGUGGACAAUCGUGGAUUUAUGGUUUCCCGUAGCUACACUGUUUCUCUUGAAAUGAUGCACCGAACAGGCCUCUAUGGCUACCUUGAUGACAAAUCCAAUAAGCUGUCCAUUCUGAGCAUGCCCCUGGCUCAUAAGAAGUCCACCGUGUUGUUCAUCAUGCCUCACCAUGUGGAGCCUCUGGAGAGACUGGAGAAGAUGUUGACCAAGAAGCAGCUGGAUACGUGGAUGGGCAAACUGCAGGAGACAGCUGUAGCUGUGUCUCUGCCCAAAGUCAGCAUGGAAGUCAGUCACAACCUGCAGAAACACCUCCAGGAGCUGGGCCUUACUGAGGCUGUGGACAAAUCUAAAGCUGACCUGUCCAACAUCUCUGGGAAGAAGGACCUCUACCUGUCCAGUGUGUUCCACGCCUCUGCCAUGGAAUGGGACACUGAAGGAAAUGAAAUGGAUACCAGCAUCUUUGCCACAGAUAAGCUGAAAAACCCCAGACUGUUCUACGCUGACCAUCCUUUCAUCUUUCUAGUGAAGGACCAGAAGACAAACUCCAUCCUGUUCAUUGGCAGGAUGGUGAGGCCAAAAGGUGAAAAGAUGAGAGAUGAAUUGUAACCGCGUGCUGACACAAACUUCUAAAUUAAAUGCCUGUGUGUGUAAGUGUAGAUUUUCUACUGCAAUAUGCUGAGAAAAAUGGGAAAUGAAAUGUACAUUUGAUACAGCAGAGGUGCCAUUCCGUAAUGUCACAUGUCCACAACAUUCCAUGCCACUUGACUUCGAAGAUGUAUUUAAGCAUUUCACCCUGUGUUUUAAGGAGCAAAGCAUUGUGCACACUUUAAAUUUUGAAAGGAUAUUUGAUAUCACUAUGUGGAAUUGUUACUUUUUUGUUUUUUUGACAGAUAACAUUGCAAAAUGAAUACUUAUGAUUUUCCUAAUUGAUGCUUUAAAUGUAAAAGUACAGUUUAUUUUAAUAGUGAAGCAAUAUCAUCAGUAUUUUUGCACACAUGAAACUGGUAUCUGUUGUCAUGAAGUCUUAACACUCUUUGCAGAAGGUGGACAGUACUCCUACUUGGGAGAGAUUUUAACUUAAAAAAACAAACCUCAGGAGCUUUUUAUUUCCAUCCUUUGCACUGCCACAGGCAACAAUGCUGUUCUUUGGUAUUAGCUUGCCCAACAUGCACUGGUCCCUACUAGGAAAGAAAUCCAAUCGUGGCUGAUAUAAUAAGAACUACAUAUAUGACAAUGUGAGCACGCAUGGUUUGACAUUACAAAAUGUGAAUGGGUUGUUCGAAAUUUCUGUUUUUGCAAUAAAAAUAUGAAAAAGCAA